CCGCCAGCUGCUCAAUUUAUAUGCCAACUCGGGUCACUGACUCCCGUCCUAUUCAAUCAUUUUAGCUGGGAGGUUCCGUUCACAAAGAACAUCAGAUCCCAUCUCACUGCUGCAACAAUGGGGGAAAAAAAGGUGACGAUAAUGGUUCUGAAGGUGGACCUUCAGUGUGAAAAAUGCUACAAGAAGGUUAAGAAAGUUCUCUGUAAAUUCCCUCAAAUACGAGACCAGACGUACGACGAGAAGAACAACCAGGUGAUCAUCAAGGUGGUCUGCUGCAGUCCUGAGAAGAUCAGAGACAAGCUAUGCUGCAAAGGAGGUGGCGCCAUCAAGAGCAUCGACAUCAAAGAGCCCGAGAAGCCCAAAGAGAAACCAAAGGAGGAGAAGCCUAAAGCGAAACCAGAGGAGAAGAAGAAAGAGGAGCCUAAAAAGAAACCAAUAGAUGCUGACAAGCCUAAAGGGACACCGAAGGAGGCUGAAAGGCCUAAAGACGAACCCAAGAAGGCAGAGAAGCCGAAGGAAGAGCCGGUUCUGUUUCUGGUUCCGGCUUACCCUCCGGUGACGGUGAGCGAGUGUUGUAUGGAUUGUUACGGAGGGCAUCCGGGUGGUCCCUGCCAAACUGGGUAUGGUUACGGUGGGCCAGUGUAUGAUAGUUACGGCGGUGGGAGGAGCUAUGCCACUAGUAGUUACUGCAUGACACGCCCCGAUUGUUUCGGUGAAGAAAAUCCCCAAGCGUGCGCCAUCAUGUAAAAUCGAUCAUGUCUGUAUACCUGCCUUGACCUGCUACUGUACUUUGUGGGAAAGCUGCUUCCAGCUCGAUCGAUCUCCAUUUUUACAACGUACGUUAAAGUUGGUGUUGUUUUUUAUAUAUAGAACAAAAGUAAAUAAUAAAGUAUGAUUGGUGAUCA